UCUUCAGUUACCACAAUGGUUAAAAGUGGAAGUAUAUCCAACACUGCUGCGCAAAAUACAUCGACGUACACAGAGCUCCAAUCUCAAUAUGCUCUGAGUGAGGGUACUUCUAGCAAGACUGUGAAAAUCACUAGCGUCUUAGACAAGCGUCUAGUAUACCGAGUGAUUGUCAACGGAGUUGAUGUUACUCCUGACGACAUCAACGACCCAUCGUUCGUAACCUUGGAUGAAACGUUCACGCAUGCUGCGUAUGACACAAAAAUUCGAGCUAAAAGCGAAACCGGUAUUAAAUACACCAGAUCCAAAUCCAGAACAGGUCUCGAAGGUGCUAAAGUUUACGCCACUACUAUAAAUCUGGAUGACAUAGAAAUCGAUCACACACUCAAUACUGAAGAGGGGAUAGACUAUGAUGACGGCAACCUAUCCCUUGCGCCUUCGGCAUACUAUUUACCAAAAAUAUACCCGCCUACAUCUUACCCCCCAGAAAUACAGGUCACGCUUAAGGAAACUGAAACAGUUUUCUUAUUUGCAUUACAAAGCUCAUCGUUUGAAAAAGGAAGCGUUGAAGGAACACAAGUUGAAGAAGAAAAUACUUACUAUGAGUACAUUACUGUUGGGAAAGGAAGGAAUAGAAAAAUGGUUGGUCAAGAAACCCAAACCAAAGAAACUAUUAAGCAGACCAGACAUACACUCGCCACGAGACCGGAGAAAAAGAAUGCCACAGCAUUCGCCUCCGUGUGGGACAUGCACGACACUUACGCACAAAUUCAAAAAGCUCUAGAAGAGGAGGAAGAAGAUGAAAUGGUUAUGUACCAAUCCGCUGCCCCUCACUUGUUACGAAAGAAAAGGAAGAAAGUCAGUGACACAAGUUCAAGUAUCGGUAAAACCUUCAAAGAGAUUGCGGCGACUUCGCAGUAUAUGGAUGCGGUGCUUAUAAUGGAACGAGUACUGGCAUCGUUGACCUUUGCUGCUGCUCAGAAGAAAUUCCGGGGACUCGUGUCUGUUGAUCCUCUGUCAAUGGAUUUAGUAUAUAUUUACACAUUGACCGCUUUGUGGACUUACGAAUGCGAAGAGACUCUUAACAAACCAAUUACAUGUAUAUGUUUCAAUCCAAAAUAUCUUAAUAUGUGUGCAAUAUCCCAUGGAAAGUUCGGGUUCGCAGAUGUAUGUAAAGGCAUAGUAUGUAUUUGGUGUACCAAAAAUCCACGGAAACCGGAACGACUUUAUAACUUUGAAGUACCUGUUACAUCCCUUGGCUUCUCUCAAACCAAUCCUAAUUGGUUAGCCUGUGGGUUUAGCAACGGUGAUGUGAUAAUAUUAGAUAUUCAGUCAUACGCUCCCAAAAUUAUAGCGAGGAGCAAACGUGACACGAAUCCCUGCUUCGAACCGAUAUGGGUAACGAGAUGGCACAACAUAGACAGAGACAACGAGUGCGUAAUGACGACGUGUCAGGACGGGAGGAUCCGCAGGCUGCAGAGCACGAAAACUCAUGAGUUUAUUAGUUCGCCCAUGAUGCGAAUUUGUACUGUCGAAGGAAAGCUGAGGGGAUUGGAAACUACGAAGCCAUGUUUGAAGGUGGACAUUCCUAUCACUCGGUACCCCGCUGUGUUGUGCAUGAUAUGGCAUCCGACGAUAGAUCACUGCUACCUGGUCGGCACUGACGAAGGCUGCAUACACAGAUGUUCUACCCACUAUAUGAACCAGCAUAUGGACGUGUUCCGCGCUCACGAAGGACCAGUCAAUGAUCUCAAGAUGGCGCCAGUGUUGUACAAGACCGAUGCCAGUCCUCCAGCGUGCGCGAUCAGGAUCCUCGCGGAAAUCAUCGGCUUAGACCUUGAACUGAAAGACGUCGACUUCAUGGCUUUGGGCCAUAAGUCUCCUGAUCACAUUAAGCUUAACCCAAUGGGCACCAUACCAACGCUCCAGGAUGGUGACUUCGUUAUUUCUGAAAGUCACGCUACCAUGAAGUAUCUGCUAUCUAAGUACGGCGGCGACAAGAGCGAGUCGCUGUACCCGAGCGACCUGCGCACGCGCGCUAUAGUGGACCAGUGCCUGUUCUUCAAUGUGGGAAUUUUCUUCAUCAGGCUUAAAGUUGUUGUUCUGCCAGCAGUUUUUGGGGACUCUGAUGGUCCUACGGAGAAGCAGAAAGCGGACAUUGAUGAGGCAUACGGGAUGGUGGAAGCGUAUCUUGGUACUAAGAAGUAUAUUGCUGCUGACCACCUGACCAUUGCUGAUAUCAGCGUGGGAGCUACCACGGUUGCUAUGCAGCCUUUACAUAAACUUGAUCCAGUCAAGUUUCCCCGCACGGCAGCGUGGGUGUCUAGACUAGAAGAACACCCAUCGUUUAAAAAGAUUCUGCUCCCUGGUGCUGAAGUUCUACGUUUUGUAGUUAACGCGGCCUGGGAGAGAAAUAAGAAAUAAUUUUAUAACAAUUAUAAGGAUUUGAUUCAUAAAAA